CUAAGGAGCCUCCACACGUGUAGGCUCUCGGAGUUUGCACAGGCACCUUGACCUCAGGAAGAUCUUGGUCAGAGUGGCACAACUCUUCCUUCCCCUGCGCACAGCAGGAAGGUUGCAGUCAGCUGAGCAAGUCCACCAGCAGUGUUUGCGUCUCAAUUCAACUUUAAAAAGGAGAUAGGAGUAGCACUGUCACACACAGAGGAAAAAUGCUCAUUUGGGUGUUAGCUCUCCUGCUCCUCUGUGGCUUUCUGUGGAAUUACAAAGGACAACUAAAGAUUGCAGACAUCACCAAUAAGUACAUUUUCAUCACUGGGUGUGAUUCAGGCUUUGGAAAUUUGGCAGCCAGAACUUUUGAUGAAAAAGGAUUUCAUGUAAUUGCUGCCUGUCUGACUGAAUCAGGAUCAACAGCUUUAAAGGCAAAAACCUCAGAGAGACUUCACACCGUGAUUCUGGAUAUAACUGAUGCAGAGAGCGUCAAAAGGACUGCCCAGUGGGUGAAGAACCAAGUUGGGGAAAAAGGUCUUUGGGGUCUGAUCAAUAACGCUGGUGUCCUUGGGAUGCUGGCUCCCAGCGACUGGCUGACAGUGGAGGACUACAGAGAACCUUUUGAAGUGAACCUGUUUGGGCUCAUCAGUGUGACAUUAAAUAUGCUUCCCUUGGUCAAAAAAGCUCAUGGGAGGAUUGUCAAUGUCUCCAGCGUUGGGGGUCGGAUUUCAAUUUCUGGUGGGGGCUAUAGUCCCUCCAAAUAUGCAGUGGAAGCCUUCAACGACAGCUUAAGACGGGACAUGAAAGCUUUUGGUGUGCAUGUCUCAUGCAUCGAACCAGGAAUGUUCAAAACCCAAUUGUCAGACUCAUCCAAGAUAACUGAAAGACAACUCGCCAUUUGGAAGCAUCUCUCUCCAGACAUCAAACAACAGUAUGGAGAAAGUUAUAUUGAAAAACGUAUGGUCAAACUGAAAUCCACUUCAGCAUUUAGUAAUCUGGACCUCUCCUUGGUGAUACAGUGCAUGGAGCAUGCUCUGACAAGUCUCUCCCCUAAGACUCACUAUGCUGCUGGAAAAGAUGCCAAGAUUUUCUGGAUCCCUCUGUCUUACAUGCCGGCAGUUUUGCAAGACUUUUUAUUGCUGAAACGGAGUACAAAGCUGGCUAAUCCCAAGGCAGUGUGAAUAAGCUGACCACAAGUGCCUGCCCCGGGCUAUGAGACUGACUGAUUGCAAGGACACAUCUCCUUUUAAAUCAUGUUACCGAUAUAAUCUAUACCUGAUUCACUUAAUCAUGUUUCUUUUGAUAAAAUAAGGGGUCCUGCCAUCAAUGGUGAUAUCCAGCAUCCCCUCUGAAGCUUUCUUUGAAAAUGACAAGGAUGCUGCAUCACUUAGGCAAGUCCUCCCCAACACUGAGGGUUUGCCUGCUUGGUACAAUGCAAGGCAGUCUAAAGACCCCCCCCGCCCCAAAUCAUUUGUAUCACCACUCGUUCCAGUCUUACAGAGUAUCUCCUAAACAUUAAAUUUUAUCUCAUCAAAAUA